GACUGUGUACGGGGACAAUUCCUUUGUUACUCAUGUCUCCCCAAGCCAACGGUCCCAGAUGCCUUGCGGGUGUGGUGCAACUCCGGAGUUGGGGGGGGACUCCCGUAAAAUAUAGUGAGUCGACUGACUGUUUGUAGGCCCACUUCGAAAAACCGUGGGCAUAUUUCUGCGCAAAUCAGUUACCCUGCGGCCUAACGUUCCUCGGUCGUUUUGCAACCUCGGACAUAUCAAAUUCCGGCUGCCCCUGUCGUGCUGUCCAUCCCCCUUGCACUGCAGCCUUCCCGGGAUUCAUAUUCUGCCACGGUUCUUGGUUUUUUGUUCCUUUCAGUUUCGAGUUCCUCGUUGGGUUUUCAUCUCAACUGUUCAGAGCGGAUAGCUCGCCAAGUGUUCGAUGUAAUGUUUCUACAGUGCCUAUAGUUUACCCACCAAUGUCAACAUGCUCCAAGUCAAAAAAGGAGUUUAUUGUGCAGGUAUCAUAGCUCUAAGAUUGCAAGAUCCGAUAUCGGCUCCUUCCUCUAGGCUAUGGGGCCAAGAUGGAAAGGGAAGGGCUGCGAAGCGAAAGCCCUCUCUGAUCCCAUGUCAGCAAUAGUCUCUCGGCUCCAGUCAUCCCUGGUUGACUCUAAUGCUCGCGGCCUGCUAUCUGGAUCAAAUGUGAUCCUUGCAGUUGAUUUGGAACAGAGCGACUUACUGAAUUCCGCGUGUUUCGGUCGACCUAUGCUGACGGCAGAUAAAGAAAAGAACUGGUGUCAGCUGGGCAUGGAAGAGGCCUUCUACCUCUGCUAUUUCCUAAAGUGCCUCGAGAUUUUUUGUCGAGAUGAUUGCCCUGAAGCUGUUCAAGACUUGUGGCAAUACAUGAUAAAUAGGAAGAGUACAUUCCCUGAAUCUUACAGGGCAUACUCGCAUCUUCGGGCCAAAAAUUGGGUUGUGAGGUUGGGAUCUCAGUAUGGCGUUGAUUUUGUUGCAUAUCGUCACCAUCCAUCCCUCGUCCACUCUGAGUAUGCCAUUCUGGUCCUCAAGGAAGGAGAUGAUGGAUCAAGCCGGUUAAGGGUCUGGUCUGAUCUUCAUUGUUCUGUUCGACUCAGUGGAAGUGUAGCUAAGGGUCUCCUAGCACUUUACAUUGAUAAAUCUGGUCAUGGUGAAGCCUCUCCUUCAUGUUUGAACGGAUAUCACGUGGAAGAAAGGAUCUUAGCGCGAUGGAAUCCAGAACAAUGCCGUGAAGAUCAAACGAUCCCAGAGAGUGGAACUAAGCCGUGAAGAUUACUGGAAGCCUUCCUGAUGUAGGACGAUAUUAACAUGGAUGAGCAUGAUUCUUGACUUGGGCUUUAGGUGUUCAUUAGUCUUUUUUCGACUUUGACAUGUUGUAACAGACCAUGGAUGUAAAGACAGCAGAUGCAUUGGCAAUGUUUAGUUCAUGUUCGACUUUGCGA